AUGUUUCACAGAAGAGCAGCGCGUACCACCCAUACUACCGCGUACACCGGGGUCAACCACGCUGCGGGCCCUAAUAACCAGCCGGACAACCAUGCCAUGGCAGCUGCCUUGACCAUUGGCCAGAAGUUGAAGGAGAACGGUAACGUCGGCAUCAGUGCUGUCCAGCAUCAGCAACCUAUUCACGAGCAAAACAGUCGAGCUGCAGCUUCGAGGCUGCAGCUGGUACGUCGGUACUCUUUGCAACCUCCGCCUAAGCAACUGGAGCAACAGCAGCAGACAACUGGCCGCAGGAGCUCGUUGCUUAAACGUUCCACGUCCAUCACAACUAAACCUCAGGCAGGAAGCAACGCAGGAGCUAAGACUGGAGCCAAUUCCCCGGGAAAUGCGUUCAGUAACUUUGCCUCGUCGAGCCACAAUACACAUCAACCACCUAUUUCCAGGAACACCAGUGUGGCUAGAAGACAAAGUGUUGAUUCCACAGAAUAUUCCAACCAUGCCAGUAUGCAUGACUUAAAGCUACAGCAAAUACUGCCACAGAGGAACAACGCCCCCCCAGUAGUGAAGAUGGUGAAAAAGUAUGUUCCUACGGCCAAUGGAAUCCAGAUCAUUGAAGUCCCUGAGGAAUCUUUUCAAAAGGAGAUUGCAAGAUCCAAUUCACUCAGACUGAACAACAGCUUUGUGAGGUCAGCAUCCAUGAGAAAGUUGAACAAUUCUCCCAGUCUCAAUAAAAUUAAUACUUCCAGUCGUGGGAAGCUAGCCACUGGAGCCCCGGGAUCUAGGCUUUCGAGUUUGAUUGAGAAGCGUCCAUUGAGACCCAUGAAGGAAGAGAGUCCAACUGGAUUGAGCGAGUCUAAGGAGUUGGAUAGCCUUGACUUGGAAAUUGAAAAGGAGAGAAAGAAAGUAGAAGAAUUGGAAAGAAAGAAGAAAGAGUUUGCAAAAUUGAAGGAACAAAGACUAAGAUUGCAACAAGAAGCAGAAGCUGCAGCAACCGCUAACGAGGCAGAAUCAGAAGCUGAAUCUGCAGCCGAAGCUCACGAAGAACAUAUUCUCGACCCGACAACUGUUGAAAAGGUUGUGGCAGCAACUACUCCCGCUGUAGACCCUCACCAGGUCGUUGUAGAUGAAUUGGACAAGAAGGACAACAACCAUGACUCCAUUGAGCCCUCAAUUGUUAUUGGUGAAGACGACUAUGGAAUUGAAGAAGUGUCAAAUUCCAAUUCAGACUCUGAGUCGCCCUCUUUAGCCAAACAUUUACGUCCGAAAUUUGACGAUCGCACUGUUAUUAUUGAACCAACGAAUGACCAGAUAACUCCACCACCUGAGAUUGUAGACCACGAGAGCCUCCAAAUUCCAAUGCCUUCUGGUAACGGUGGUAGCUCUUCUUCAUCUUUAAGAUCCAUAGGCUCAUACGAUUCCAAUGGCUUCCCAAAGUCAGCAUUAAAGCAACCUGUGAAGUCAGCGAUGAAAAAUUCGGCUAUAUAUUCAAAUUCAAGCAUCACAUCGAGCUCAAAUUCGAACUCAAAUUCAAAUGCUGCUCAACAAGCAUAUCUUUCAUUAGCAACGGCUGAGAAUACGAGAUUAAACUCCAAGUUAAGUUCUUCUCAACUUCAGGUAGAACAGCAUCACUCUAUUCCUCAACAGCAACACACUCCACAGAAGCAAGAACAGGUGGCUAAAAGACUUUCUUUGAGAAAAGCUCCAGCUCAGCAGCAGCAGCAACAAUACGGAGCUAAUGGGUUUGCGAAGACUCUUAGACCACAGUCAACUCUAGUUGAAAAUGGAGUUGGUCGUCAAGAUCAGCACCACUACCCUCAAAAGGCAGUUGGAGGCGGGGCCGCGGCUGGUAUGAGUGGGAGAAGUCUCAGGGAGAGACCAGCGUCGUAUGUGGCACCAAUAGCGCCACAUCCAGCUUUACAGCCAGGAUACCAGUCUCCAUCGAAAGUUAGAGCUGCAGACUUAUAUGCGAGAGCCAAUGCAAGACCAAUGUCCACAUUUAAACCAAUUGAAAGGAAAUCGUCGUUCAGUAGAGAAGAAUCUGAAGUAAGGAAUGGAAAUAAUGGCAAACCAGUUACUAAUGGUAAUGGAAAGACUGCACCACCUCCUGCUUCAACGCAAAGAUUAACUCUCCGUGGUCCACAUCAAGUGCAACCAACUAGAAUCAAGCCACAACAGCAGCCAGCUCAAGCUCAGGUUAAUAAAAAGACAGAGCCUCCAAAUCCAUAUGCGCUUAAAAAUGGAAGUGCUACUGUUGGCUCUCCACAAAAUAUUGAAAAUUCAAAGAAUGGCGGAUUCAGGUCCCGUUUAUUAGACUCUGAUGAAGAAACUUCGAUCGCAUCUAUUAGUCACAAAGACAAUAAUACCACUAAUAUCAAUCAUCUGUCGUCUCAUCGUAUGUUCAAUUCUAGAUUCAAUGAUUCAGAUGAUGAGAUAGACAACAGUGUUUUACCAUCUCCUGUCAGUAGACCCUCGCAAACAAGCGAAAGAUUAAUAAGUUUGAGAGAAGACAAGACUAAGCUGAAACUGCAAAAAAAGCCGGACGAUAAGGAGAAAAAGAAGUUCGGUGGUAAGCUUAGAAAACUUUUCGGUAAAAAUUAG